GGCCGGCCCGGCCGGGCGGGGGCACCCGGAGGCUGCGGUCCCAGCGGAGCUCACCACCUCCCUGCCGGGCUUGGAAACCUCCCAGGGCGGAGCCGCAGCCCUGCCGGGCUCCUGAGACGCCUUCCUCGGCCCAGGCCUCAGCUUACCCUGCUGUAGCCCGAGCCCAUUGCUCCGUGCUCUGUCACCUGCCACCGUUGAGAGCAGCCCAGCUCCAUCCUCUUUGCCCGGGAGCUGAAGACAGCUAUUAAAUACCACCCCCCACCCCUCGGUCUUCGCAAUGAUAUGACAUCCGGGCUGGAAGGGACCUCACACGUUUAGUCUUUGCCCCCUGCCCCCUCUUCAGGGGCUGGAGGCUGCUGUGCAGCUACAGGGCGCGUUACCCCAGACCCCGAAGCACCCCCCUCCCCUGCCGGCAAUGUGGACCCCAGUUCUGCCAUGCAGGGGUCAUUAAAAUGCCCCCCAAAGACCCCUGGCAGAGGCCGGGUGGCAGAGGAAGUUAAAACCCCCAUAGCCCAUACCGGUGGGACUGGGGUGGGGGGAUCCCACAUGGGCGUGUUAGUGUGACCCCGAGCGGAGGCAGGACCCUCUAAGCAGCGCUGUGCAAUGCUGUGCGGGGGCCUGGGCCGCAGCCCAGCAGAGCCCUAAGCCCCCCGAUGGCAGCGGGGGCCACCAAGGGCCCGUCACCGGUAGCUUCGGGGGCAGCAGAAAGGCAGAGCAGGGACGGGAGUCAGGACGGUGUGAUGCUGCCACCCCUGGUCCCUCUUCUCCAGCUCCGGCUGCUGAGAUUCCGGCUGCACAAUGGGUCCUGUCCCCCACCAAGCCCGGGGACCCUGCCCUGGCUCUGUCCCGGCAAGACCAGGGGUGACUUUGUCUGGAGAAGACAAGCGGGGGGUUGAUAACCACCUUCAAAUACCCAAAGGGCGAUUGUACGGAGCAGAGAUGGGCUUUUCUGGACUAGGGGCAGUGGGCACGGGCUGCAGCAGGGGAAGCUGAGGUGGGAGAGGAGGAGGAAGUUUCUGAUGCUGCGAGUGGUCAAGCGCUGGACCAGGCUGCCCACAGACACCCCCUUCCUCCCCCUUCCCCCUCCCCAGCUCACUGUCUCCUUAGGGACCCUCAGCAACGCUGGUUGUCUCUUUGCACCUCCUUUUCCCUCCAUCCCCAACUCCCCCUGUAGCUCUCAGGGGGGAGAGGCCUGCUCCUGCCCAGGCUGGGAUGGCGUGACCCCUGCACUCCCCAGCCCAGGCACCAGCCCACCCUGGCUCUGGGGACCAGCUGGUGCUGUCCAGACUCCGUGAUGCCAUGCCAAGCAGGUGGGCCAGGGGACAGACGCUGCUGACAGGGUCCAGGAGCGAGUGGAGAGACAACGAGAGCACAGGCCCCACACUGGGCUGAAGCCUCCCCUGCAGAGAACAUGGCUGCUGAGCUAGGGCCUGCACCCAUGCCAGCCCCCAGCCUGCCUCUCCCAGCCCUGCUGAAGACAGAGGAAGGGGACCCAGUAGCCCCUGCACCUGGAGCAAGAGCCAAGGAGAAAGUCUUGGGUGUCGUUCAAGGAGGGACCAGCAGGAGGUCCUUGAGAUGGGCAACACCCCAGCAGAUCAAGCAGGAGCUGCAGGAGGAGCCAGUCCAAGGCUGGGAGGUGGCACAGGACCCACCAUUCUCUGCUGAAACUGUGCCGGUCCCGGUUCCCCAACGACCGCUGGAGCUGGUGUCAGGGGAUGACACUCCCACCCUGGAGGCACGGCGCCAGAGCUUCCGCAGCUUCUGCUACCAGGAGGCCGAGGGGCCGCGGGAGGUUUGCAGCCGUCUACAAGAGCUCUGCCAGCGCUGGCUGGAGCCCCAGCACCGCAGCAAGGAGCAGAUCCUGGAGCUGGUGGUGCUGGAGCAGUUCCUGGCCAUCCUGCCCCGGGAGAUGCAGAGCUGGGAGUGGGGGUGCGGCGUGGAGACCUGUGCCGAGGCUGUGACGCUGGCUGAGGGGUUCCAGCUGGGGCAGGCGGAGGAGGACGAGAAGCUCCAGGUCACAGUGUGUGUGAAGGUCGAGGAGGCAGCGUCAGACAAGAUGGUGCCGGGGGGGGCAUUGUGGGAGCCUCUUGACUCCUGCUUGGAGCACCCGCAACCCCAGCCUUUGCAUGGGCCCCAGAGGGAGGCCGGAUGGAGUGGGAGCCUGGGGCCUCGGGGCGAGCCACCUCGCAUCCGCAAAGACCAGGCCCAGCCCCGCCAAACGUCAGGCUCCCCCGGCACAGAUGAGACCUGGGACUCAGCCGAUGAAAGCACCUCAGGCUGGUUCCCCAGACCGAGCUCUUCCCCGGAAGCAGCAGGUGCCAGGACCCUGGACAGAGCUGAGGAAGGGCCCAUGGGCGAGGCCCCUAGGGGAAAGCAGGACCUGGCUUCCAAGACCAAUCCCAAGCGCCACCCCUGCCCCAAGUGUGGGAAGCUCUUUGACUGCCCAUCGCGCCUGGCGCUGCAUGACCGGCUGCACACUGGGGAGAAGCCGCACGGCUGCCCCGACUGUGGGAAGAGCUUCACCCGGCCCUACGACCUGGCCAUCCACCGCAAGGUGCACUCGGGCGAGAAGCCCUACGGCUGCGCUGAGUGUGGCCGGAGCUUUGCUCGCUCCGACACACUGGCAUCGCACCGCAAGAUCCACUCACUGGAGAAGCUAUACCGCUGCACCGACUGCGGGAAGCGCUUCACGCAGCGUGCCGGCCUGGCCUCCCACCGCAAGUUCCACUCGGGUGAGAAGCCGCACCGCUGCCCCGACUGCGGCAAGAGCUUCGCCCUCUCAGAUGCCUUGGCCACCCACCGCAAGAUCCACUCAGGGGAGAAGCAGUACCGCUGCACCCAGUGUGGCAAGAGCUUUGCCCAGCCUGCCGGCCUCUCCAACCACCGCAAGUUUCAUUCAGGAGAGCGGCCGCACCGCUGCGAGGAGUGUGGCAAGUGCUUCGUGCGCCGCCCGGACCUGGCCCGGCACCAGCGCAUUCACUCAGGGGAGCGCCCCUUCUGCUGCCCCAUCUGCGGGAAGGGCUUCAUUGAGGCUGGCCGCCUGACACAGCAUCGACGCAUCCAUAUACGGGAGCAGCUCCUCCACCCCUGGGAGCCAGUGUAGUUCUGCCUGUGGUCAGGAGAGGGCAUUGGGGGCACCUCCACUCUCAGCACCCACCAGGGCUGUGCCCGUCCCACCCAUGCACCAGGUGCAGGAAGACAUUUGCCCUGCCCUGAUCCCUCCCGAGGUGGUGCCAGACCCAGCAGGCAGACCCUGGGCUUCAAUGAGGAGCUUCCGAGCUGCAGGGAGUUAGCUUAGGGAAGUGUUUGCUGAACCCCCUUUUUACCCCCUCAUACCAUAUUGACUUGAAUUUAAGGCGACCUCCUCCCUUCCAUAAUUAGAUACCGUAGGUGGAAAAAUAUAUUGUGUUAUAAUCAGGGAUCCGGGUUUUCCGUUUCCCACGGGAGAACAGAGAAAACUAGAUUUCCCAUUUUUAUUAGAGAAAAUGUGGAUUUUACCUUUUAGCCUACUGUCCCCUGCCACCCUGCUUCCCUCCCCCGCAACCCAACUUGGCUGGGGACAGAGGAGCCGCAGGGAGAUCUCACCACUGCUUGCCCAGCGCUGCCCCAGCGAUGUGCCUCCUGCGCGCGGGGCUGCACUGAGGGAAGUGGCGCAGGGCUGCACCCCUGAAUGCAGUGGCAGGUGCAGGAGGCACAUCACCAGGGCAGCAGCAGGUGAUCCCCGUGCAGCCCCGCUGUUCCCAGGUGCGCGGGGUCAUGCCUGCGGGACUGCAGAGGCCCCACGGGAUGGAAACAGGGAUGGAGCUCAAGCCCUCAACCUGCCCCACACACAAAUCUGGUUGCAUGGGUCCCCUCCUGGCCCCCGGGAGUGCGCGUGGUGGUGGGGAGCCACCCUGCCUGAGCCCGCAGCAGGCAGCAGAGGGGAGCAGGGGCAGGGGGCUGUGGACCCGGGUCUGUAGCCCUGGCAGCUGGAGGUACCAGCAAGGCUGUGGGGGGGAU